CGCUUCCGUAGCGCUUGCCGAUCCUCACAGUUAGAGCUAUGACCGCGCGCCUCCUCCGCGGGUGCCUGCGCCUCUGGGGCGGCCGCUGUGCGCUGCGCCCGCCGCCGGAUGCGAGAUGUUCUCAUUCUGGAGUUGAACAGCGUCUAGAAACUUCUUCUGCUAAAAAGUUAACAGAUAUAGGAAUUAGACGAAUUUUUUCUUCAGAGCAUGACAUUUUCCGGGCAAGUGUAAGGAAAUUUUUUCAAGAAGAAGUGAUUCCUCAUCACACAGAAUGGGAGAAAGCUGGAGAAGUCAGUAGGGAGCUUUGGGAAAAAGCUGGAAAACAAGGACUGCUUGGUGUCAAUAUCGCAGAGCAUCAUGGUGGUCUUGGUGGGGACUUCUAUUCGGCAGCUGUUGUUUCUGAAGAGCAAGCAUAUUCAAAUUGUACCGGCCCAGGCUUUAGUCUUCAUUCAGACAUUGUCAUGCCCUAUAUUGCAAACUAUGGCUCAGAAGAGCAGAUUAAGUAUUUCAUCCCCCAGAUGACUGCAGGCAAAUGUAUCGGUGCCAUAGCAAUGACAGAGCCUGGGGCUGGAAGUGAUUUGCAAGGAAUAAGAACAAAUGCCAAAAAGGAUGGAAGUGACUGGAUUCUCAAUGGAAGCAAGGAUACUGCUGAACUAUUCUUUGAAGAUGUACGUUUGCCAGCUAAUGCCCUACUUGGAGAAGAAAACAAAGGCUUCUAUUACCUCAUGAAAGAGCUUCCACAGGAAAGACUAUUGAUUGCUGAGUUGGCAGUUUCAGCCAGUGAAUUCAUGUUUGAAGAAACCAGGAGCUAUGUUAAACAAAGAAAAGCUUUUGGGAAAACAGUGGCACAGAUACAGACGGUGCAGCAUAAGCUAGCAGAACUGAAAACACACAUUUGUGUAACCAGGGCUUUUGUGGACAGCUGUCUCCAGCUGCAUGAAUCAAAACGUCUGGACUCUGCCACCGCUUCCAUGGCGAAAUAUUGGGCAUCUGAGUUACAAAACAGCGUAGCUUAUGACUGUGUACAGCUCCAUGGAGGUUGGGGAUACAUGUGGGAGUACCCGAUUGCAAAAGCUUAUGUGGAUGCCCGAGUUCAGCCAAUCUAUGGUGGUACCAAUGAAAUAAUGAAGGAGCUGAUUGCAAGAGAUAUCAUCCAGGACAAGUAGACAUCUGCCCACAUCCUGGAAUCCUAUUACUGCUAAGCUGGUUUUAAAUCUGCUCAAAAUAAAAUGCAGCCUGGCAAAGGGGAAAUGCUAAUCAUUGUUUUGUAUGCUCUCUCUAUAGAGAAAUAAAUAAAAUAUAAAUAGAACAUUAACACAGUGAAAGAAGAAAUCUUUGAAUCCGAAGAUGCUGAAAUUCUUCAUAUAAGCUUUAACUUUUAACUUUUUAUAUAGUUAAAAGGUCAAAAAAAAUUUAUAAACGUAUCACUAAAAUUCUAUAAAACAUUAUUGGUUAGCUCUUUAAAUUUGAGGCAGAAAUAAUUUUGUAUUGUUAUACUAUAAAAACAUUAAUAAUAUUUACAGCACAUUAACUUUUAAAGGGAAAAAGAAAUAUAAUUUAGAAUGUUGAUUAAUUUCAGCUGUCUUUUGCUCCAAACUUCCCAGAACAGUGGUUUUCACCCUCCUACCCCACCCCUCUAUUUUUAAGCAAGGGAACCUUUUCUUCAAACAAAAGCUUAUGUAGAAAGUCCCAGUGUAAUGCUGAUGAAUGCAGAGCUGCUCUGAUUGAAGCAGUGUCUUCCUACCUUACAGCCUUGGAGUCCCUAACCCCUAGGGCUCCGCUGAGCCUUUUCCUAAUCCCGUCAUAAAAUACCCUUGGUUGUCUCAACUACUGACAUCUUGGCUUUCAACAGAUUUCCAUUCUGUUUAAUUUAUAGGAGAACACAGAAUAAUCUAUCACCCUUUAAUUCUGUGAUAUAUUUUAUAGAUAUCAAAGCAGUCAAUAGCUUUUAUUUUAGAACAGUUUAUUUAUUAAUUUAACAAAUACUUUAUGUCUUCUCUAAGCCAGGCUGUUAAAAAUAAUGAUAGUAAACAAAACUGGCAAGAUCUCUGCUAAUGAAUAAGUGAAUAAGCAAGUAAUAAUAAACAAGGUAGUAAAUAAGUAACAAGAUAAUUUCAAAUUGUGAUACAUGCAAUAAAAUAAAUAAGGGAAGCACCUAGAAAAGUGAAGAAAUGACAUUUGACUUGAGAUUUUGUAAUUAUCAUAAAAAAAUAAACCAUUAAUUUAAUUUGUCAAUUAAAUUAAGUAAUCAUUUCAUUAAUGCGCUUGGCUGCUAACCAAAAGAUUGGCAGUUCAAGUGCAAGCAAAGAUGCCUCCGAAAAAGGACCUGGCGAUCUACUUCUGAAAAUCAGCCAUUGAAAACACUAUGAAGCACAGUUCUACUCUGACACACAUGGGAUCACCGUGAGUCAGAAUCUACUGGACUGGAACUAGACACUGGAAAGUAUCAUUUCUGUACUUGUUUUUCUUUGUAUGUAAUGGUGAGACAGUGAAUAAAGUGGUUUUUAAAUGGAAGUAGACAUAUUGUUGUUCAGCUCAGAAAACCUAAGAAUCUUAUUUGCUAUUAUUGAUACUAAACAUUGUGUUAAUACAACCAUUACAACUGAAUAGAGCAGAGGGCAGUUCUGUUCUGUCACAUGGGUGGCUAUGACUUGGAAUCGACUCGAUGGCACAUAACAAGACCCUCACAGUUCCUUUUGCUUCCGUUACCAAUCUUAAAGGAAACUAGAUUUUAGGAACAAAACAUCUCUAGAAGAAGAAGGAAAUAAGCAUAGUAGGAAAAGCUUAGUGGAAAUCCUGGUGGCAUAGUGGUUUAAGUGCUAGGGCUGCUAACCAAAAGGUGGGCAGUUGAAAUCUACCAGUGCUCCCUGGAAACUCUGUGGGGCAGUUCUACUCAGUCCUGUAGGGUCAAUAUGAGUUGAAAUCAACUCGAUGGCAGUGGGUUCGGUUUUUCUGGGAUUUAGGAAAAGCUUAUUAUGUACAGGUAGAACGAUUUGAAUGAUUGGUCUAUGAAACUUGAGCAGGUUAUUUAACUUCCCAGGAUUCUUUUAGACGCAAAUAACAAAAGCAACCAAACCCAAGACAACCUAAGUAUAAACUAAGGUAACAAGCGCCUAAUUCUGGGGGCUCAGAACUGAAAGCAGGGUGAUACUAUUAAGAGAAAGGAUACAAAAAUGUUGGGCAGACCUAAGUCACACAAGCGCGCGCGCAUGCGCACACACGUGCGCGCACACAGAGCUACCCCAGUCCGCUACAGCUAGGAUUAGGUUCUAGUAAUUUUUAUACGUCAAUACAUCAGAGAGUGAAAGGAUUUCUAUGUAGGAUAUUUUCUCGGAAUGAUCUUCGGGAUGUUUUCUAUCUCUCCUAAGCUGAUUUCUUUAUCUUAGCAAUUUCAGACUUGUCUUACAUCCCCAAAGAAGGAUGUGUUGUACCAUAGCCUUAAAGCUGAAAGCAAAAAAGGGAAUUCAGGGUGUACUUUAUAACCUUGCAUUUGGUUUUCAUUUUUUAAACAGCUAAUCUUUGUGUUUUGCUUGUGUGGCUUUGAUUGUUGGCCCCUAGGGAGGCAACUUAUCAUCUGUAUCUCCUGCAGUGCUGAGUGCUCAAGAAACGAUAAAUAAUAAUAAUGCUCAAAAGAACAGAGCAGACCAACACAGCAAGAAGGCAACACUGUGUAAAUAAUUAAUGAGGGUUAAAGAGCCUGAGUAAUUUUGUUUUUUCACUGAGAUUUUUAGAAACAGAAUUAUUGCUUUAAAAUUGUAUUUGCCCCUUAUUUCUUUGACAGUGUAAUUGAAAAUGACAGUAUGCAAAAGAAACUGUUUCGGUUUGUGAUUUAAAAAUCUAACUCUGCAAAUCUUUACUAAAUCUAGUAAUUUUAGUAGUUUAUGGCUCAGAGUAUAAGAUUUCUAGAUUGUUUUUUCAUAUGUCAGUAUUAUUUUUGGCACACACAGCAUUUAUUUAUUUGGAGCAUUAGAUUUGACAUCAAGAUUGAAACCAACUGUAGACUUACCAUGUCUACUGCUUUAAAAUAAAUGUUGAAAAGAAGUUCUACUCAAUUUUUAAAAGUCUCAUUUUCCAUUUUAAGAAAAGAUUAUGAAAACUUCGAACAUACUAAAAAAUACAGUGUAGUAUAAUGAACCUCCAGCUUCAACAUUCAUCAACAUUUUGCCAGUCUGUCUCCCUCACUUUUUUUCAUGAUGUUUUUUUAAAGCAAAUCCCAGACAUGCUUUUCACACACAUAUAUAUUUCAAAAUACAUGUCUAAGUGAUGAAGAAUAUUUUCACGUAACCACAAGGCCAUUAUCAUACUUUAAAAACUAAGAUUUAGUAUAUAAUUCCCAGUUCACAUUA